UGCAAGCAUAGCCAAAGCCAAGUGUUUACUAUUUUAAAUAGGUUGUUUUUCUUGUUGUGAUUCUUAUGAAGUAGCCUAAUAAAUUUUGUGUAUAUAUAAAACAUAGAUAAACGUAUUAAUUAUGGAAAUAAUUAAAAAAAUGGGCUGCAUCAAACCCAAUAGAUUAGCAGUUAAAGUGACCGAUGAGAAGCGUUCACGAAAAGUGGGUUUGGUCGUUACUAGUCUAACUGAUCUAAAGAAAAAAUCGCAUGAUGUAUUCAAGGUACUAGCGGAUUCACACAAUUUGGAUUCACUAUUUGUUGCUUUAGAAGAUGGGACCGAAGUUUCCGAUGAUGGAUACCUGUUUUCUCUGGCGCACAAUACACUGUUAAUACUUUUUCAAGUAAAGGCAGGUGUGCUCAUUUAUCCAGGUUCUUUGCAACAAACAAUGGAAAGAUACCUAAAUGCUUUGCAUGAUCUCCAAAAAUUUAAUUCUGAAGAAGUCGUGAUGUUUAUUGAAAAUAAUAUGGACGAAAAACUAAAAUUGACUUGGCAAUAUGUCACAACACUUUCCUCAACUAAAAGCCAUUUCAGUUCUAUAUCAGAUCACCCAGAGUGGUUUACUGGAUGUAACAAAUUGGUAACUACAAAGGAAGAAUAUUUCAGAAAAUGUGCCCAGGGUAGAAUAAGAAGCUAUUUGCGAGACGCACGGAAUAGGCUGUCACACAGCAAACUUUCGCUUAGUCCAAUCGAAAAACUGAAGACCUGUUUGGAAGAAAAGAAAUAUUUCGCCUGCUAUUUUGACCGGACAGACAGAAGUCAAGACCGAUUAUGUGACUCUAAAGGGGAAUUCCAGUGCCAGGGCCAGUACAACAAACCUAUCUGUCAAAACAACCAUUGGAUCAAUCCUUACGACAACGCAGAGAGCCGUAUCUUAUUUAGCACAUGGAAUUUGGACCACGUUAUCGAACGAAUAAAAAUAAUAACAGAUCUCUGUUCUCAAAUCCGUUGCAAUAAUGGAUGCGACCAUUUAAAAUAUUUUGAUCUUCUCUUCUCAAGAAAAAAUUUGAAACUCGUCCAUAAGAACUGCCAUGUGAUUGGACCCCACACAGAGUGCCAAAUUGCUUAGAUUUCUUUGUAUCCUGAAGAUGACUCCAUUUUAUUAACUGUCUUUAGAGUAUUAUAUCGAAACUUCAAAAGUUUAAUGAUCGUGCUUUAAAUACAUUACUGAAUUUAUGGCUCUCUUGAGCCAGCUAUUUGAA